CCCUCCAACAUCUCAAACUUAUUUGUCAAAAUUCAUUUUACAUUUGCAUCAUUUGGCCCAACUAUUUCUUCCAAUUUUGGUUAGGAUCUCAUUGGAAAAAAAGAAAGAAAGAAAAAAAAAACCAAAACCAGUACCUUUUGAUUAAGUGGGGUAGAAGAAAGAAGUAUGCUUUAAGGCAUCCUAUCUGUACACCACAUUUGGUUGGGUUUGUGGGGUUGAAAAAGAAGAAAUCACAAACACCCAAUGGAGUUUACAUUACAUUUAUAUAUGGGCUUUCAAACAGUAGAUCCAAUUGCAAGAAAUGGGGUGGGAAAAUCCAAUCAAAUUAAGUGCUUUGGUGAUUUUAGCAACAGUGAUUUCUGGGUCAAGAGCUGCUGAAGGUUUAGGAAAUGGAAGUAUGCCCAUGAAUGUAACUUUCUUAACAUUCUCAGAGCUGCCACAGAGGAAUGCAGGAGAGAGGAGAAACAGUUCUAGCAAUAGUACUACAGUGGAGGUCAGCAAGCAAAACGGGGGAGGAGGCGGCGGCGGCUAUGGAUGGGGAUGGGGCAGCGGUGGUGGUGGAGGAGGAGGAGGAGGAGGUGGUGGUGGAGGUGGUGGAGGAUGGGGAUGGGGUGGAGGUGGAGGUGGGUGGUGGAAAUGGGGUUGUGGAGGACAGCCAAAAUCCGAGAGAGUUGGACGACGCGACGAUAACGGAGGAAGCAGAAAUGUGAAGGGAAAGAGAAUGUACAGCGAGAAAGAUUAUAGAAUGGGAGAAUUUGCGCAAUGUAUGGUGAAAGGAAGAUGCAGAGGAAUGAGAUUAGAUUGUCCACUCCAUUGCGGCGGACCUUGCUUUUAUGAUUGUCGAUACAUGUGUAAAGCUCACUGUAAUCGACGCCCUUAGUUUGCAUGAUCCGCCAUAACUUCUACAAUAACCACUCUUUAGCUCAACUCAUUUUAAUUUGACUGCUAAUUGAUCAAAAGGAAGUUGAUUUUGAUUCCUAUCGUUGAAACUCUUUAGUUUGUGUAGCUGUUUCACCUUAGUGUGAGGGAGAUGAAUUGGAUUGCUAAGUUUUUGUGAAAGUGUAAUAUAUCAUUUUGCUUGGUUUGGGCAGAGAAAUGAUUUUCUCUCUUUUCUUUUUUAGCUCAAGUUGAAUGUGCAAAAUCAGCCUUAAAGAAAGUCCUUUUCCUUUUCA